GUGGUGUGUGUGUGUGUGUGUGCAGUCAGUCAGUCAGUCACAGCACAGAUGAUAAACAAGAAACAGCAUCGGUUGUUUUGCGCAGACAGAACUCAGUGGAUAUAUGUUAGCCGAGGCUCGCUAACAUCCCCGCAGUCCGUAUGAUACACAAGGCAUGGCAGAGAAACAGGACAAUGAGGUGGAGGAGGCUGACCAGAUCUACCUGCUGAUGAAAGAGGAGUAUCGCAUCUCCAGGAAUGUGCGUCUGGCGUGGUUCCUUGGUAAACUUAACCAAGUCAUCUGGCCGGCCUCAAAGCCUGAACUACUUAACUCAGAGAAUGAGUUGGACUUGUUGAGCAUCUUACCGAAAGGAUGGCAGCCGGACUUCUCUCCCACUUUGUACCCACACAUGCUGAUGCCGUCCACUCGGGCCACCUUCCUGGCCCGGAGGUACCGCUUCAUCAUCGAGCUGGACCUCAGCCCCUCCACAGGGAUUGUGGAUGACAGCACAGGAGAGAUGAUCUUCGAUGAGGUUUUUCAUGCCUUGUCACGAUGUCUGGCUGGUUUGGCACAACCGUUCACAAUCCCUGGAACAGAUCGGCUUUUCAAGCCAAAGAUCUUCAUCACCAUUCUGGCAUAUUCGUCAAUUAUUGGCCUCACUUCCCAUCAGGUGUUGGUACAAGGCUGUCAGCUCGACAGAACCGACCUCAGCGACUUCCUGCAUCACAUCUAUCAGCAGCUCAGAGCUGUGGAGAGCAGCAUCGCUGAAGUCCUUCAUCAGCAACACGAGCAGACCGUGGAGCCAGUCCAAAACUCAGGUCUGCAAAACAACAACAACCUGUACAACCAGCCUCACAGGAAGCAGGGCAUCUCCAUGGUGUCGGCUGAUAUGGGUCUGGUCAGCAUGGUUCGCCAGGGCAUCCUGGCUCUGCAGCUGCUGCCUCCAAACUCCAGUGCUGGUAUCAUCAUAAUUACAGAUGGAGUGACCAGUGUUCCCGAUGUAGCCGUGUGUGAAACCCUGCUCAACCAGCUCAGGAGUGGAACCAUUGCCUGCUCCUUUGUGCAGGUCGGUGGUGCAUACUCCUAUGACUGCAGCUUUGGAUACAUCCCCAAUGUGGAGCUGAUGAAGUUCAUCUCAUUGGCCACAUUUGGCUCUUACCUGCCCAGCUGCCCUGAAGUGGACUUCAGCUGUCAAGAGAUGAACGCUUACCACAAGGCCUUCCUAACCUACUCCUUCCUCAAAACACCCGAGUCCAUGAAUUCUGAGUAUUAUUGUGUUUCCCAGCACAAGCUGUUCAAUGAACACUUGGUAUCGGCCAGUGGAAACCCUGCACUGGUCAUCAGGAGAAAGAAGCACACAGAGAAGGAGGUUCAUGCUCAUUUACUCAGCGUAGUGUCUGUGCGACUGCGAGAGGGCUACACCAUUAGAGAGAUCAGCUUCACCAAAGGUGGCACUCAGCUGGAGGUGAAGCUGGUGCUGUUGUGGAAACACAACAUGCACAUCGAGUACCUGGCCGCUGCCUCCUGGCCACUGGACCCUGCCAAGAGAACCACACGGGUGGAGGUGACGAUGGAAGGGAGCUACGACAUCCUGCACGACAUCAGCUGCACACAGAGGAAACCCAUCACCAGCCCGUACCGCACCUCUGUCAUCCGACGCUUUUGGAACACACUACAGAGCAUCAAUCAGACGGAUCAGAUGCUGGUUCACCUCCAGGCCUUCAACUCCAUCCCUGAGAACUACACAAUACCUGAAAGCACCAAAAAUGGAGUUCCUCUCUUCUACAUCCCUCCUGGCUCCACCACUCCGGUCCUGUCGCUGCAGCACAGUGGUUCCAAAGACUCCCCUCAGUCCCAGUUCGCCUCUUACUGGAAGCCCAUCCUCUCCAUGGACGCAAACUUCUGGCAGAGAUGGCUGCACAUGCAUCGCAUUACCAUCAUCCUGGAGCACGACAUGCCCGUCCCCAAACACCUGCACACAGCCGGAAACAACGGACGCUACAGCACCAUUCAGUGUCGAAUCUCCCACUCUGCUCUCACGUCGCUGCUGAAGGACUGGAGCAGCUUUGUGUUGGUGGAGGGUUACUCGUAUGUUAAACUCAUAUACAGUUCCUCUGACCAGCCUCCCACGUCCUUCUACCUGGUUCGUCUCAUCUCCAAGACGCCCUGCAUGGUGCUGCGUCUCGGCUUCCCCAUUGGCACACCGGCACAUGUUAGAAACAAGAUCGUUGAAGAGCUGCGGGAGCAGAUCCUCAAACUUCGCUUCCCCCACCGUGUCCAGAACAAAGAGGCCACUCCCAAGACGAAGAGGAAAGUCGUCGGGAACCCAUCUCCAAACAAAUCUCCCUCCAUCCCUGCUCCCAAACCUGCGCUGUCAGACAGACCCUGUGUGGUCGUCUUCAACAAGCCCCUGGAGAAGCUGCUCAUCAGGUACGAGAAGCUGCCGCUGGACUUCAGGACCCCCUUCAUUUUAAACAUGGAGAACUUCAUUCAGCCCUCCAGCACUGCCGUGCCUCUCAGCAUGGCCGCCAAUCGGACGGCCUCCUCCACGCUGGCCUCGCUGUCCCGCUACUUCCUGCAUCAGCGCUGGGUGUGGGCCGUGCAGAGCAGCCAGGGACCGGCCGUGGCCAUGCAGGCCGUAGCUCACAUCCUCUCCAUGCUCUCCGACAUCCGUCUCUCAGAAGGCUUCCACUUCGCCGCCAGCGCAGAGGGCAUCGUAAACAUGGUGAUCGAGCUGCCGAUGAAGGGAAUGUCGGGGGACACGGACCGAGAGAUUCACUCCUGUAUCAUUCAGUACAUCGUGUUCCCGCCGCACUCUACCUCGACAAAAGACAGCUUCUCCACCGAUGACGACAACGACACAGAGGUGGAGGCUGUAGACGUGGAUACAGAGCUCAACCUGGUGACCGAGUGCUGGGUGGAGCCACAGACUGGCACAGUGGCCAACUGCAUGGACCAGCAUCGACACUUCCAGGGCCUCAGUUACCAGGAGAUCCCUCGAGCAAUCUUCCCCAGGGAUCUGACCUGCAUGUCCACCAUGAUGACCUUUGAGUAUCUAAGCCAGUUGUGUCAGAAUAAGGACCAGGUUUGCUCUUUACCACCUGUACUCAAGGAUGUGAGAGGAGAAGCUCUCGCCUCCGAAGACAACGUUCACAUGAUUCCUUUUCAGUUUGACCUCGUUCAGCUGCUGCCCAAAUGUCAGCAGGUUGAACUCCUCUUCCUCACCUUCAGCACAGCAGUGGAGAGUGUGGAGCAGAUUCACAGCGCCCCCUGUCUGCCCAACGAGCUCCUGCUCAGCCUCUUCCACAGCAGCCUGGAGCACGAGCUCAGCGACAGAGAGAUCCCGUUGGCCGACGGCGACCACGUCGCCUUCAUGCACCACAUCCUGGAGCGAGAGCGCGACGGCCAUGUCGUUCCGUUCUCGUUACCUGUCAUUAAAGAGGAGAGUUUGAAGCCUGCGGACAGACAGGACACUGUGACGUCGUUCCACACCACGGGCAGCAGCAAAGAGGUGAUGGGAUCUACCAGCACUUUACAGAGUUUCAGUAAUGCAGACCUGGUGGAUGAAGAGCCCAUGCUGGCAGACGGCAGCUGCUCAGUGCCACAGUGGAGGUGUUACGCCAAGUACAUCAGCCCUCAGCAGAUCCUCAUCACUGUCCUCCCCGUCUCUUUCACAGAUGUGCUGAUGUUGGCGGCCACAGGACUGGAGAUGGAGCCGCAGAGUAACAUCAGCAUGCAGGACGACGACACUCUGACUCCCAGCAACAAGUCGCAGGCUGACACUUUAUCUGGUUCCCCCAGUGGACCUGAGAGAUCAGAGUCCGGCCUCAGUUUGGCCGGUAAACUGCAGAGGAACUCCAGCAGUGGAUUUUCUGCAACAAGGUCUCCGGUGCUGUCGCCGCAGUCUGAGAGCCAGACGUGGCCUCCUGACUCUCUGCUGCUGGACCAAAACAUCUGGACGUCAGAGACAGAAACGGCGACACCUCUAUCAGACGUGGGAGAAAGAGAGGUGCAGUUCUCCGAACCACAGAAGGCAGAUUUCAGUUUUGGCCGGCAGGUUUCUCAGCAGAGCGCCAGCGACGGGAGCCAACUGAAGUGUCCAGUCUACGUGUACAGCUGCUCCCUGGACCACCUCAAGGAGCAACUGGUUCACCCCAACUCCAGCCGCCAGCCCAGGGACAUCUUCAGAGCUCAAGAUGCUGAUUCAUGGGAGUUCUCUCAGCCGAUGAAGUUCAGGUCUCUGUCUCAGGACCGCAACAGUCCGUCCCCGUGGACCGACCUCCUGGCUCAGCCUCACAAACAGAAGGAGCUGGCCAACUACUGCAGCCUGCUGCAGGAGCAUUACCACCAGAGCUACGUCAGAGGCGUGUACAGCAGCCUGCAGCAGUCGUACAGCAUCAGCUCGCAGGACGUCCUGACGGCCGUGGACUACUGUGAAGAGUCCCUGCAGGAGAUCGACGUAACCUCCUUCCUGCACACGCUCUGUGGACACAUACGGGUCUUCAGGGAGCACGGCUACACUCCGGGAUGGGGAGGCAAUCCAAAACCGUCACGGAGGCCUGCUAAGUUUAUUAUUGGGGAAUCUGAGGAGGAGCAAGGAGACCGCGGAGCGUCCGUGCCUCUACUGUCCAGGGAAUCCUGUGCUGAAGCGGUGGACACUUGUGAAGCCGAAUCCAACGGGAAGUCGCCUGCUCCCACGUCGUCGUCGCCUCUGGAUGAACCUGUGAAGUCGGCAAAGGCCUCCGACUUCCCUCUGCUGCUGCUUCAGACUCAGCCCAGGUGUGAAGUGUACCCGGAUCUGCACAGAAUCGUCCAGGAUAAGUUCAUGGAGAUCGUGUCGCAGUAUUUCAAAACGGUGCCAUCGAAUCCGCACUACUUCUUCUACUGCCCGCCGUCAUCCAAGAAAGAGGAGGACUCAGAGGACGGAGACAGAGAGAGGAGACCCAGUGACGAGUUGGUGUCAGAGGCUGAACCUGCUACAGAGGAUGAAAAUUUGCCCAGCUGCUCGGCCACAGAGAGCGACACAGACCUGGUGGUGGAGUAUGAGGAGCAUCUGGGUGUCGGCUGCGAUGGAGAGAGUGAGGACCAAUCCCUGUCCGACUCCAACACGGUCAACCAGGACCAGGACUCGUUCAGCAUCCUGGAGGGAGACUCGCCGCUGCACCUGGAGGGGCCACAGCUGGACAUGCCCCCCCUGUUUGUCCACAUCACAUGUUCUGUGAACAUGAAAAGCUGCCACGGCUCCAUGCCCAUACAGACGCUGCCCACCUGCCUGGGUCAGAUUAUUUCCUGCCUGGAGAACGCUGACGAGCUGCAGACUGUGGAUUUGAACGAGCUCUCGGUCACUUUAGAUAUCUUUGUCCUGACUCUGCCUCUGGAGAUUGAAGUCAUGGCGGAUUUCCAUCACAACAGGUACACGUCAGAGAGCAGUAUGUCCCUGAAUCGCUCACCUGGACAGCCGUCCUCGUAUCGCUCCGAUGAGGGGCUUAUGGCGGUGUUGGACAGUCUGAGAGGCACUGGUUUGGACGGCGUCUCUGGUGAUCCCUUAUCCAAACUCCCACUCCCUCACAAGUUAGCAAUUCUGGCCACAAUGGACGAGAUCCGUUGGCUGCUGGAGGACGAGAUCAUCUCUGCUCUGCGUCACUCUCGGGUCAUCGGCUCGGCCACUCUGCAGAAAGUGGCGGAGCAUGUUGUGCGCUCCAGUGGACGGCCGCACUGUCACUGCGAAGACGUUCCACUUCAGUUUGUCUUCGGGCCUGAGCAGUCUUUGGAGAAGUUCAGAGAGGAGUUCCGCAGAAUGUCCUUCUGUGGCUACGUCCUGAAUGGACAGCAGGACAACUUCUACUACAUGUCUCUGAGCAGACUGCACCCGCAGAGGAUCCACGCCACCAAGAGGCUCUCGGAGAGCACCGCGCCCACGGUGGGAGCCGCCGACGUGACGCCAAACGUCGCCCCCUGCAGCACCGGAGGUCAGGUGGAAGACAUGCUGCUGGAGAGUGAAGCAGAGGCUCGGGCAGCGGAGGCAGACAGCGAGAGUGAAGAUAAGAAGUCCAUCAGUUUUGCUGGUGCUGGUGCUGGUGCUGGUGCUGCUCCGUGUGACACAACCGCAGACGCCACUGAGCCAAUCAGAGUGGACGACACUGUUAAUAGUCAGAGUCCAGUGAGCACGACGGGUGAUCGAGGUCAUCAUUACAGCAGUGCCCCUCCCCUCCAGACUGAGCAGAGCUCGCCGCCCAAGACGCCGUCCUGUAUCAGCCUGGCUGAGUCCACACAGUCAGCGUCUCACAGCUGUGGCAAACUGCGACCAAGUCGAGUCCAGAGCGUGGUCUCCAGUCAGGGCAGCCUGGACUCAGACAUGCAGGGUUAUGACGGCGGCAGCAGCGACUCAGAGUGUGAGAGUCCAACUCUGGACGAACAUGAGUGUCGGUCUCCACUGAUGCCAGACUUCUGGCUCAUCGUGAAUAUCCACCAGGACAGAGUGAAAGUCUACUCCCACUCCAGAUGCUUCACAGAAGGGAAAGAGGUCAGCGCUGAGGAGCUGGAGAAGAAGGAGGAGGAAGAGCGGGAUCUGCCCGAGUACUUGCAGCUGCAUCAAAUGGUGGUCAGGAAGAUUGGUGAAAUAUGCCGAAUCGUCAACCAGCGCAUGCUGCUGCAGGACCUUCACGACAGUCAUGUGUGUAACUCCCUGCUGGUGGCCGAGAGUGAGGAGGACAUCUGGAAGAACGAGUCUCUGUACAGGCAGAGGCUCAACACCUCUGACGAUUACAGCACAGAGGAGAGCUACCCGGCCAGAGAUUACCUGGCGGCCACCAUGCAGUUCAUCCCGGGACACUUUGCCUGUGACGUGGUGUGGAGCACAAUCAUCCACAUUCAUCCACGUCUCAAGAUGGGGCCCAACAUGGGCGUGUCCAGAGCAAUCCAGGCCCUGCGCUCUGUGCUCAACUCCUUCAGCGUGGGCAACAGGAAGAACAUGUUUGUGUACCAGGAGCGUACAACCAAAUCCGUCUUCUACCUCAGACUUUGUGAAACCUCACUCACGGGGAAAUACUCUGACGUGGAUGGAAACCUCCACACCACUCGCUCCCUUGGGCUCUUCAGGAGUCAAGAGCCGCUGUUUUCCGAGGACCUCACGGCUUCGAGGACGUCUCUCGAGGGCUCUCGUCCGGUCGGUCAAGUGGACAAGCACAUCCUGCUGCUGGUCCAUGGAGUGGGAAAUGCAGGUCCAGAGAUCACAGGCGAGCUAGUGAAGGUUCUGCGGAAGCGUCUGGAUGAAACCACCCUGGACAUCAUCACGGUCAUGCUCGUCAGGAACUGUAAACUGACGCCGGCUGAUGUCGAGUUCAUCCAGCCGUCAGGGUCUGCAGCCACCGAGGUGAUGAACUUCAGCCUCCCGUCGUACUGUCUCCCCUGGCUACCCGCCGUGGCUCACUACCUCAGACAGAACCUCCUCAUCUUCCUGCACGUUCCAAAGUACACGGACAGCAACACAGCACACCACUUCAAGCACUACUUUCAUUUGAGCAGUGAUGUGGCUGAUGGUGAUAUCUACCUCUAUAAUAAACCUGGAGGCCAGGGGACCGGAGGCAAAGGUAUCGCCUGCAUCGCCCUCUCCUUUGUGGACGCUCAUGGUCGCCCCCUUCAGGGUCCGACUCAGGACUGCGCCUCGGUGCAGAAGUCGGAAAUCCCCGUCUCCCCUCCUCACCCGGAGCAGUUUGACGAGCUGACCACUGUGGUUAAAGUGGACUCAAUCACUGUCGGCUCAGAGCCACAGCUGUUUGUUCGCUUUGACAUUUGGGAACAAGGCAACGUCAGCCCCCUGCAGCUGAGCGACAAACUGCAGGGGUCGUUGCGCCACGCUCUCUGCGACGUCAUCAUGGAGCUGCGGGUGCUGCCGCAUCCUCUGUGUUUGGGCAUGUCCUGUCCAGCGACCAGAGCGCAGAAAGAAGAGGCUAAAGCGCUGCUGAAUCCUUUGCCUGAGGUGAAGGAAGUGAAGGACAGUCCCCGGCAGCGCAGCGGCUCCCGGGUCUUUAAAACCAGUCCUUCCCCCAUCUCCUUAACUCAAGCCUUGGGGAGCACAACCAUGAUGGGGACCGGCACACCUGAGUCCACCACACCCACCGGGAAGAGCACCCUCCGCAGUUUAUGGGACAUAUGGCAGAGUAAACCAGAUUCAUCGGAGCUGGGAAGCCCAAAGACGACCGACGACAUCGUGCAAGAGAGAGGCGAGGAAGGCCGAGCCGCUCGGCGGCGACACAAGACGGAGACAAUCAAGCAGCAGUGGAGCCAGGAGAGGGUGGCCACUCUGGAUCUGCACCAGGCCCACAGGAGGCAUUUGUCUCAUUUGGAGGAAGGAGAUGCAGGCACUUUACACCCCAUUUACCAGGUUACAUGCCAGCCCUGGAUCACUUUCAUGGCUAAACUUGGCUGUCCCUCCAUUCAGCAGUGCACGGCUGAAAUUGCUUCCCACUUCCUGCUGCCCUCCGUCUUAGCAGAGGUGGUCACUUUGGUCACUUCUCUGGCCAGUGACACCACAGUGAAAGUGUUUGAAAAGACAAGUUGUCCCACAUCUGGAGACAUGUUUGUCCCAUUUGCUCAACUCCAGAACUUGAGUCAGCGUCCAGACACGACGAGGAGCUUUAUUCUCAUCGGCCGCAACUUCAAUCAGUGGCAGUGUAGCACAGAGCAAGAAGACAGUUCAGAUGAGGAAAACACCCCAGUGCUUAAUAGGUUCACACCUCAUAAAGGCUUCCAGCGAUUUGAGGCUCUGGAGCAGAGUGACUGGUUCACUCCGGGUCAGGCCGGUGCAGGACUGGCUCCUCGCCAGAGGUUCCUUUUCAUCAGAGUCCUGGAGAAAAAGGUGACUCUGUACAGCUAUAACUGGUCUGUGGACCUGGGCACCUCCCUGAAUCGGGAGUUGGUUCGACUUGUCAACUGGCAGAAUGCGAGGGCCCAUGUUGUUCACUGCCUGCUCAACCAGAAGAUGGGCCUCUUCCAUCACUACUGCUUCUCUGAUGCACCAAUCCAUGAAAUAGACUCCAAGCAGGAUCCUAACCAGUUCCUCAGCCCCUCCAUGGAGCCCGAUGCAUUGCUGCGCAGUGCAGUUCCUCCUCUGCCCAGUAAAGAACAGGGCAGACUGAGCAGCUCUGGGCGAAUUCUCGCUCCCCUCCACUUCCCCUCUGAGCUGCUGCCCUUUGACGAGGCUCUGAGGGACGUGUGCACCAUCCGACCCCUGAUGGAGGGGGAUGUGGUGGCCCGACAUGGCGGCCAACUCUUGGACAUCAAAGCCGCUGAGCGGAGAGAAAUGGAGAAACAGAUGAAGAUAGAGAACCUGUUUGUGACAUGGCAGCAGAGGUCAGCGCAGUCCAACAUGCCCAUCUCAGCGGCAGACCUGGAGACCCUGAAGCAGUCGUCCAGGCUGGUCCACUACUGUGCCACCCCCCUCCUCUUUGACCCCCUCUUCCGCAAGCAGAUCCAAGAGGAACAGGCUGUUCAGCCUCCAGUGAAGAAACGGCAUCGCUCCAGUGACUCCACAGCAUCAGGUCGGGACAGAAGCUACAGCACCGAUUCCGCUGACAUGCUGCCCAGUCGACUGAAAGAAGAACCCUGGCUGCAGGAGAUCUGCAACACCUUCCUCCAGCAGUAUGUCCAGUACCUGCAGAGCAUGGGCUUCAUUUUGGUCCAAGUCCGGCCUCAGUCUCCAGCUCGCAGCACCGCCCGGGCCCGUGCCGCCAUGUUGAAUUCAAUGUCUUCUGAAGGAAGGAUGUCUUUUUCUUAUGUAAAACAGAAGAGCGAGGACAGCCCUAAGACUGUAGCAGCAGGCACCACUGCAUAUCACCUGCAGAGGGCGCUGCCUGGAGGGAUCGUGCUGAUGGAACUGGCUUUUCAGGGCUGUUACUUCUGUGUGAAGCAGUAUGCGCUGGAGUGUUCCCGCAUUCCCAUGGGCCAGACCGUCAACUCCCAGGGCAACCUCCUCACCAAACCUCGUUGCAAGCCGUUUCCAGACGCCACCCCAGUAUCUGACUGUGCGCUCUCCAUGCUCUUCACCGAGGAGUGUGACAAAGUGCGGGACCUGAUGCACGUCCACUCCUUCAGCUACGACUUCCACCUGCGCGUCGUUCACCAGUACCUGCUCGGAUGCCACAUGACGCUGCGGCAGGGCUACCAGCUCACCGACUUCCUGGACGACUUCAUCUCCCAUCACCCGGACAUCCCCAAGUUUGGCCGCAAUCACGUCAUCCAAGGGAGCUUCUCCAUCUCCACCGGGAUGAUCACGGCUCACCAGCUCUACAACUACAUCACCGACCACGCCAGCACCUACGGCAUGAAGCCGCUCCGAAUGUCCAAGACUGCGCUGGCCACCGACAGCAAGAAGAGCUCGCCUGACCUGCACGAGUACGCCCUCGUGGCUCUGUGGAACAGGUACAGCUCGGGUUCCUACAAAGACCUGGAGGGCCUGCACCACCACGACGACUUUGACGUGUCCCUGGUGGUUUGCCACAAUGCGGUUCCGUUUGAGGAGCAGUCGGACGGGGAGAGGCAUUUGCUGAGGUUGCGUUUCUUUGUGAUCAUGACCAGUCAGCGUGAGCUCUUCCCUCGGCUCACGGCGGACAUGCGCCGCUUCAGGAAGCUGCCUCAGAUCCACCGGGACCCCGGUGAGCCGGGCGGCCGGCUCCCGCCGGACCGAGCGGAGGCCUGCGGGUCACGCGAGCAGGACAUCUGGGAGGAGACGCCGUCUGAAGUCGCGGCCGCUUCGGCCCCGAGUGACGGGAACGAGUUUUACCCUCUGGCCAGAGGUGGAGCGGAUUCUCAGGGGCUGCUCUACCCCUCGUCUCUGUUCCCGCUGCUCAACAACGAGGUGGCGUCGGCGCGCAGACAGAUCCAGGCCAUCGUGGAGCAGGCCAUGGGUCACUGCCGCAGGGACAACCUGUGGAGGAGGCUGUUCCACGGCGAGCACCUGGCACUGGACAAACUCAAGCUCACCAAGCUGUCGUUCAGCGAGCUGGAGGAGCUGCUGGCAGCCGUGCAGAGCCGCUCAGUGGGAGAGAUCGACCCGCAGCUGGACUGUUUUCUGACCAUGGGUCCAGCCUGGUACCAGAGUCUCAUCAAAGUCCUGCUGAGCCGUUUCCCUCAGAGCUGCCGACACUUUGACGACAGCGGCACCCAGUACCUGGCCGUCCUGAACCAGAAGUUCACCGACUGCUUCGUUUUGGUCUUCUUGGACGCACAGGCGGGAAAAACCAGUCUAAAGGUUGUGUUUCGGGAGCCGCUGCCGCCUCCGCCUCAAGCCGGCGGCGGCAGCAGCAGCAGCAGCAGCAGUCCUCCUCCUCAGCUGGUGUCCAUGUAUCAUCACCUGGAGUCCGUCAUCAACACCGCCUGCUACAACCUGUGGACUGGACUGUUGUAGAGCUGAUGUGUGUGUGCGUGCACGCCGGACACACAGAGACGGGGAGUCACGGCAGAGAGGAGGACGCGGAGGACAGUGUGUGUGUGAGUGUUGUUGUUGUUGUUGUGAUGGAGCAGAAUUCUGAAUCGUGAUGAUGUCACUCUCAUGUCAAACAUGUCCACCUUCAUUCUGUCGUACUGACCACUCACGAUAAGAUAACGGCCAUGUUGUGCGGAGCUCCGGACGUCACGUGACUCAUACCGCUCGAGCCGCCAUGUUGGCAGGAAAAUCCUCUGUAAAAAUGAGCGGCAAACUUUAAGACAAACUUUGAGCGAGACAUCCCAGAACCUGACAAACAGAAAGAAUAUCUGAUCCACAUACUGCCCCCUGGUGUUUCUCCUGAGUAUGGAAGCAGACGUUAAUCAUGAAAAAUAAUCAAUAUAUUUCAGUUUAUUAGUGAGUUUUUAACAACGCUGAUGUCGGCAUACAGACUUCACAGUUUACUGCUUAAUCGCUAUUAUCAAAUACAAUGAAUUAAUAUCAGUGUGUCUUAAAAUGCAGUUAGGCUUGCACUUAAACAUCAGUAAGAAGUGUAAAAAACGGUUGUCGAUCAGGAAAGGCCUGAUAUGAAGUGAUCACAGUACAGUAAGCUGAAUUCCAUCACUCUCCGUCUUCUCCGCUCACUUUUCCUGUUUUAAAUCCACAGAUUUUCCUGCCAACAUGGCGUCAUUUUGAAGCUCCAUUACAAACAUUUAAAUUGCUGCUGAAUCUGAAAGAUCGCCCGAUUCUGCGUACACUUACUUAAAUGUUGUCCAUGGUAAGAGACGGCGGGUGUUACGCUGACAUCAUCAUCAUCAGUGACUGGAUUCAUGUAAUGGGAACAUAGAUUGACUGAAGUUGCUAAGAGAAGGACAGACUCACAGAUGAAAAGCUCACCUCCCUGGUGUGGAGGUAACGACCUCCGUAAUCUAAGACACAUUGCAAAAUUCAGCUCAGCAGGCGUCAGCACAUUCUCUCAUAUCAAUCAGCCCGAGCAGCACGGCACACAUUUAAGAGAAAACGGUGGCGACUUUUCAGCUCAGAUUUUCUUUUCUACUCAACUGAAUUCUGCUGAAACUCCAAGGGAGGUUUCGAAGUCCAGCGUCUAUGACGUCAUGUAGAUUAGUUUCAGCCUCUCAGACCCUGUGCCUUCUGAUAGUGUUUCUUUCACCACCAUGUAAGUCAUUGUUGUAUAAUUCAUACGCAGUGACAGACAGCAGAGUGAGACUUUAAUGGUUACAUUUCCUCCAAAGUGUCAGACCUGCUCCGUGUUUUCCACCUCACUGCCGAGAAAAAAAGAAGAAAAAAAAGAACCCUCCCGCUGCCCUCAAGUGCCUUCUGCCGUUUGUUUGAUCGUUUCUGUCUUUCUUUUUCCCUGAGUUUCUCAAACGUCUGCAGCGAUACUGUUGUCAUUCCAUCAGCCCUGCACACGCACACACAUGCACACACACACACACACAGUCCUCCCUCUGCAGUCAAAGUGCCUGAGUCAGUUUGGAUAUAAAUGUGACAAAUAUCGCCUCUCACAAAGCAGGAAAAUGGGUCAUAUUAACUCUGACGAUUUGCAUAAUAACAUGCCACAUGUCAUUUCCACGGCAGCGUGUCGAGUGUGACUUGUGUGUUUCUGAGGUGGCGACGAGUUUA